UGGACCGUGAUGGCAUCUGCACAGGUGUCCCCUCCGCAAUGGUGGCCGUCUUUAUCACAGAUCAGAUACCCGAGCGCCGGUCCCGGGCAGCAGCUCGAACCCUGCACCUCGUGGUUGUGUGACAUGUGGGGGGAAGGAGGGGUUCCCAGGGUGUCGUCGCGCGAUGCGAUAUCUCGGGGAUAAAUGAUGAGAGUCAUGUCGAUGAUGCAAAACCUCAUGCUAGCUGCCCUGUCGCUUUGUCUCCAACUUUGCCUUCUGCAUCUGGUGGUGCGGGGUAGCUCUCUCCCUCCGAUGUCUCCUGCCACCUCAGCUAAAAGUCCACCUUCCAUUUUUUCUUGAUAAAGAAGGGGAAAGAGCACCUUGAUGGUAGAGGUGGAGUGAACCCCGCCUUUUCCCCAUCUUUGACAUCUCGAGGAAAUGCCGGCUGAAAUGAGCCAUCUUGAACACGACGCCGCAGUAGUGAUGGGAGCCGCAGAACUCUCCAGGCUGGAGCUGCUCCCCCCUGAGCUGGUAUACAGCAUCUUAUCUCACCUCUCACCCUUUGACCUUGUCGCUGUCUCGGCGACAUCACGCACCCUCUACACCCGUGCCAGCGCCGAUCACCUCUGGCAAGCUCUGAUUCAAGAAAACGUCCCUGGUAUCCAAGUCAGGACUCCAGCACCAUGCCGGAGCUUCAAAGCUCUCUACCGGGCCCAUGAUCCCUACUGGUACCUGCCAAAAUACAAGAUAUGGUUCGCAGAUGUCAACCUCACCGGCAGACUCAUCAUCGUCCGCUACGACCCCCGAAGGGGCUGCAUCGAAGGCUACCAACUCGUCGCCGCAAACCGAAGUCGCACCUUUCAACCCUGGGAAGCCAACCGCAACGUCUCGAUUCACCACUUUGACCCUGUCGUUCAACUUCACAUGGACAAGACCAUGAUCCAGCUGGACGCCAUCGACUCUGCCGACUCUCUUGCCUUCGACUCGGACAGUCCAGCUUGGGCCCGUUUCAACACCAUCAACCUCCGCCUUGUCCGUUCUCGCACCUCCUCGAUGGAAGGCAACUUUUCUCGCUCACCCUCCCCAGCUUCAAUCGCUCCGCCUAAACCCUCACGUCUCCUCUCCGAGCGUCAAAUGCAGAAUUACACUGACUCGAUGUAUGCAACCAUCUUCCACACCCGCGUCCUUUCCUCCGACGAGAUCUCCUUCUGCGCCUCCCCCAAGUUUCCCUACGGCUUCAUCUGGCCACCCCCCGCCAUCCCCUCGGGCCACCGCGUCUUCGGAACAGCCGCCAAGCUCUCCGGUGGACGGCACUUCAAACCAGAGACCCGCCCCUCCUCCCGUUCCGAUCUCUCCGACAAGGCCUUUGUGAUCAAAACAUGGCUUGCCACGCGCAUCCCCGGCCGAGCUGUUUACAAUAUGUCCGUCAUCGCAGAUCCGUUAGCCGUAAGCAUGAUGAACCUGCCCCUUGCCGUGCGGGGAGACGACGCCGUAGACGACGCCGUAGACGACGACGUCUCAAUCCGGAUGCAGAUAGGGCAGGAACUCGCUACUUAUGCCACACUGGACCCGAAACUGUACACCCCGACAAAAGAAAAGCCGUUUAGGGGGAUCUGGGUAGGGGAUUACUCGGGUCACGGGUGUGAAUUUCUUCUUGUCACGCAACCAGAUGAUGAGACGCCUUUUGAUGCCGAGAGUAUCCAACCCCGUGAGGAAGAGUCAGCCGACGAGUUUGAGAAGCGAAAACACGACGAAACUGUCUAUCGUGGUCCGCUGGAGGCGAUUAAACUUACGGGUGACCCUAACGUUCCCCGAGGGGAAGUAACCUUUCGAGUUGCGGACCUAGGAGAAAGGGGGCUCAUCAAUAUCUGCCAAUAUGAACCGUUUGAGGGGGUGAGGAUUGUGAAGAGCCAGGGACAUGUGGGCUCGACGGGAUUUGUCAAUGAUAGCUUUAUUGAGUCGCAGUUGUUGCUGAUCAGCCACGAUAGGCUGGCGCAGUAUUGGUCUGAGUUUGGCCAUGUGAGUUUCCUUCAGAGGGUGGAUAUUGAUGGGUUCUUGGCCCCAGCGUAGAGAGCUUUUUUGGGGUUGUGAUGGUGGUGAGAUACAGAUUGGCUAUUUGCAUAGAGCGGCUUGCUCCGAGGUGUAAAUCAUGAUCAAAUUAAUGUAUUAGGACCAAAUAAUUGGCAUUUUCCUGUCUGAGGCGCCAUGAAACCUCAGAUAUAUCCCCAAACGCCAUAUUUACCAGA